AUGUUUGUGUUGUGUGUUGUGAGAAACUAAGCAUGACGUUCCGUUAUCCGCCGUCUUAGUUGCUUGGUGGAGUUCUGAAAGUGCCAUUUAAACGUUUAUAUGAAAUUAAUAUUAUUGAAUUUGUAUGUAAACAACAACACCUUCAGUUUCACGUCACACCAUCACACUACUUGUUUCAAUUCAAUAUCUAUAAAUACCAAACCUUCACAUCUUCACCCUCCAAUAUUGCUCUUUCAAUGGGAGAUAAUAAUAACAAUGUCAACCUUCCACCAGGUUUUCGUUUUUAUCCAACAGAUGAAGAGCUUCUUGUCCAUUUUCUUCAUAGAAAGGCUUCCCUUUUACCUUGUCAUCCAGAUGUUAUCCCUGAUCUUGAUCUCUUCCCUUAUGAUCCUUGGGAACUUCAUGGUAGAGCUUUAGAAGAGGGAAAUCAAUGGUACUAUUAUAGUAGAAGGACACAAAACAGAAUCACUAACAAUGGUUAUUGGAUGCCAAUGGGAAUGGAAGAACAAGUUGUUACAACCUCAACCAAUAAGAGACUUGGUAUCAAGAAAUAUUAUGUUUUCCAUUUGGGACAGACACCUAAUGGUAACAAAACCAAUUGGAUAAUGCAAGAGUAUCGUCUAUCAGAUUCUGCCUCCUCUAGCAGAUCAUCAUCAUCUAAAAGAAAAUCACAACCAAAAUCAGAACAUAGUAGGUGGGUGAUAUGUCGAGUUUAUGAGAGUGAUGAUGACGAAGAUGGUGAUGGAACAGAGCUUUCUUGUUUGGAUGAAGUUUUCUUGUCAUUGGAUGAUCUUGAUGAAGUAAGCUUGCCAAAUUAGAUGAAGAUGCAAAUGCAAAGUGAUAGUAAUACAUAUCUAGAGAAGAGAGUUAAUUAAUUAGCUACAUUUUCCAAAUGGGAGAAAUAUAGUAGUAUAAGCUAAUUGUUGUUAUCAUCAUUUACUUGUUUGUUGUAGUUUAAUUAAAUGAUACAAUAGCCACUUUAGGUGCCGUUGUAAUCAGCGAAGUUGCUAUAGCUAGAUUUGUACUAGUAUGUAGCAGCCAGCAAGUGGGGCACUAGAUGAAAUGAAAUUAAAUUGAACCAUAUGCAAUGUGACGUUAUGCUUUCAAAUAUCCCAUUCUCUUCAAUUGGAAGUUUUGUGCUCUUUU